ACCUAUCCGAACGCCGUCAUGUCCCAUCAACAGCGCGACAUCAAGAAGGAGGAUGCUGCCUUGGAAGGCAUGCAUGAUACCCCAGAGGAACGCAGCAACCAGGCGCGAGGCCACAAGGCCAAUCUGAGCAAUCCAAAUACAAGUGAGAAAUCUAAGGAAAAGUCGAAGGAGGCGCUGAAGGAUCUGGGAGGGGAGGAAGCCUUCUACAGCAAGGACUCGGACAAGUAAACGGCAUGUGAAUAGAAUGCAUGCCGCCCAAAUCCGGAGGUAAUGCUGCGGAACAGAACCGGGUGCAUUGAAGAGUCGAUGAGGCUCAAUUCCUAGACCAGGGGAUGUACGUAGGAACCUGCGCGAAAGUAUACGUUCAGUCGUCCCGUGGGCCAGUACACAGCGUCGGUUCAAGUAACCUGCUGCCUUCUCAAUCUCCUGCAAGAGCGUAUUCUACCGUAUUGUGUCGUCGCUGCUGUCAGCCUGGAGGACAUGCCAUCGCCCUUUUGGGGCCGCCCCCCGCUACCAGACUCUAUCGGGGCAGCGGUCUGUGGUCCUGACUCCAUCUGAACCGAGACAAUGACCCUUGACUAUCCCUGGAUUCCUUGAUUGGCGGGUCCAUCCUGUACGCAUCCGAUAGCUGUACGAGGAAUAUCUUCUCUGCAGGAACCGUUGCCGACAGUUGUCGGAGGCUCGCU